AUGUCUCUUGCGCACAACAACAUAUCUGAACCUGUCGCCGAGAAAGACUUUGCGCUCGAACUCGAGGCGUUCAGUGAUGCCGUCUUCUCCGUCAAGCAAGCUUGGAAGGACGCAAUCACAAACAUGCAAUCCAGCUACCCUAUCGAAGCCGGCUCCCUGCAAGUAGGAUACAAGAAAUACCUCGACUUCAUCGAUUUCUGCCAGAAAUCUGCGAACAACGCCCGAGGUCCUGUGUACCAGAGUUUCGUCCAGACUGUUGUUGCCGACGCGAAAGACUCCACCGCGUCGAUUGACGAUAAGAUCGAGUCGUCGAAGGAUUUCUAUACUUCUGUGACCCCUGCGUCCUCGGCUGACUGGACUCGGAAGGACACCGUGGACCUGUUCAACAAACUAGAAUCCGUGAUGACCGAGCUGAUGACGGACAUGGUCAAAGAGGAUCAAGUCAAGAGCGAUUACAUGGAUGCGCUUGACAAACUCAACGAUCUUCAGGAAGAACUCGUCCAACUAAAGAAGAAGAUCGAAGCUUUGUUGCGAUCAGAAUCUCAGUCGCACCAGGCGCUCCGGGCUGCCCUCGAAUGUUUUUUACUGCUGCUGGCAGUGGUGCCCUUCGGUUUCGAGAAAGCUCUGAAGAGGGAAAUGACCAAGUACGGUCUCGUACCGGAGCUUUUCACCAAGCUGGAUGAGCAGACCGAGCUCUUGCAGCAUAUCGCGAUCCAGAGGAAGAAGGUCCAAGCCCUGAAAAGCAAGAAGACUGCUGCCGUGACCCGUGCUCAGCAACUGGCGGCGCACGUCGAAACGGUCAAGCAGAUUCAGAGCGACUUUUCGGACGUCGCGCCGAAGAUGACGCAGCUGGGCGCUUUCCAAGACGCGAUUCGAAGCACCGUCGAGGUCUGGGAACAAUUCCUCGAAUCUCCGGACUCUGCUGAUGCUAAGUCCAUGCAAGACGCUGUACGCGAUCUUGUUGCCACCCAGGAACUCUACGAGCCCAUCAAUCAGGCUCUAACCGGUUUCGUCAUGAGAGUCGAUCUGUAG